AACAUUUCUUGUCUUUGCUUGAAUAGUUUAGUGAGAUAGUGUGCGAUUAUUGUUAUUCAAUAAUAGUUUUUAGAAUAAAACUUCAGCAUCAAAAGACCUUUGGGACUUUUAUUAAUUAUUAUCAUGCAUUGUUUUAUUUUCAUUAAAAGGUUAAAGUUAUAUAACAAAAAAAAAAGAAAAAGAAUAACAUGUAUGUGAAAAAUGGGGAUUCCCUUUAUAUAUAGGUAUAAAUAAUGGUGAGGGACUUGCCUUUCAUGGGUUGGAAUAAGGUUAGUGUCAAUUAUGGGUUGAUAAAUUUAGAACAUGCUUGGAUACAAGUUUAUAAGGAUUUUUAAGAGCUUCUCUACUAGAAAGUACUCAUUAUUUUUAGUAGAAAAGCUUUCAAAAGUCCUUAUAGAUUGUAUCCAAAUAAGCUCAUAGUCAUGUUGUGCGCGAUGGUGUUAUAAGGGAUUUUGGAGAGAAAAGAGUCACUAGAAGGGGGGUUGUAUAGUAUCAAUUGGAAACUCAAGACAUUUUUUGAAACAAUGAAGUAGUAUAAAGACUUUAAAGGUGUAGAUGAAGAGUAAAAAGUAAAAAACACACAGUAUUUUUAUAUUGUUUUGUCUCAACUACCGAGACUACUUGUAGUUCUUGAUCAACCUAAUCAAGUUUCACUAUCUUUACAAAGAUACAAGUAUUUUUUUACAAGUCACUUCUGGUUCAACCUAAGUAUUCUUUGACUUGCUUAUUUAAGUAACUAUCCAAGUUCUUUUUGAACAACAAAGUCUCCCUAUACUUCAACAACUAAGUAUUCUUUAUAACAGAGUCUUUUCAGGCUUCAACAACCAAAUAUUCUUUACAACAACCUUUUUAGGCUUUACGCUAUAAUAUAAAGUUAAAGUUGGGAAAUCACUUAUUAUUUCAUCUUACUCACAAGACAUGAUGCAACCAAUUUAAGUAUAGAGUUUUUAUAGAAAGAAUGAAAUGCAGUUAUUUUACAAUAGUUCUUCUUCUUCUUUCUUUAUAAGCCUUCAAGCUUCUUUAUAUAAGUAUUUCACGAAGAUGACUAUUGCAAAUCCUUGAGUUUUUCUCACAUUCUUUCUUUGUCUUCGUUCUUUGUAGAUAAAAGUGUUCGUUGGUGCGUUAAAUAUGAGCAUUAAAUGCAUUUCACUAAAUUGUCACUUAACUGAUCAAGAAAGCUACUUAUCACGUUUAAGAAUGGAGGGAAGCAUUAGGGGAAGAACGCAGGUUGAACUAAGAGGUAGGAAAUUGGAGCAUGAGGAUGGAGAAGCAGUAAUAAUUGGAGGUAUGGUGUUGGACAUUCAUGCUACACCUUCAAUGCGAGCAAAUCCUGGAACCACUACCCCUGGCAAGGUCUAUUAUGUCCAAGGAGGUGUGGCAAGGAAUAUAGCAGAGUGUAUGUCAAAACUAGGAGCUAAGCCAUACAUGAUUAGUGCUCUUGGGUUUGACAUGGCCGGAGAUUUGCUGUUGAAGCAGUGGAAAUCUGCUGGCCUAACCACAGAAGGUAUUUUGAAGCAUAAAGAUAUUGAGACUCCAGUUGUAUGCAAUAUAUUUGAUGUUAAUGGUGAGGUAGCAGCUGGUGUUGCUAGUGUGGAAGCUCUUGAAAAAUAUUUGACACCUGACUGGAUCUUGCACUUCCAAAGCAUUCUGCUUUCUGCUCCAGUGUUAAUGGUUGAUGCAAAUCUGAGUCAUCCUUCUCUUAUAGCUGCUUGUAGAAUGGCGGCUGACAUGGAGUGUCCUGUAUGGUUUGAGCCAGUAUCAGUUACUAAAUCUCGAAGAAUUAGUUCUAUUGCCGAGUAUGUAACUUUUGCUUCUCCAAAUGAAGAUGAACUUAUUGCAAUGGCAAAUGCUUUAUCUGGAAGUGAUGUGUUUCAUCCACUUAAAGAAAAUCAUAAGAAAAAUAUUUCAGUAAUAUCUUUGUUUCAAAUGCUGAAACCAGCAAUAUGGGUUUUGCUAGAAAAAGGCAUUAGAGUGGUCCUAGUGACCUUGGGCUCCAAUGGAGUGUUUUUAUGCAAGAAAGGAGGGCCUAGCCACUUUAAAAUGCCUACAGAGAAAACAAAUCGUUGUGGCUUUGAUGGACAAUUAUACAGGACUAUUAUGGAAAAAUGUCCACCUAGUCGUUAUUCUGGUUUUUCAGAACUUGAUAGAAGCUCUCUUCUCUUUGCUGUGCAUUUUCCCACACUUCCUGCAUCAGUUGUGAGGCUUACUGGCGCUGGUGAUUGCUUAGUUGGUGGAACACUCACAUCAAUUUGUGUAGGAUUAGAUAUUAUGCAAAGUGUAUCUGUUGGCAUUGCAGUGGCUAAAGCUGCAGUUGAGGUUGAGGCUAAUGUCCCAUCUACUUUCAGUUUAUCUGCUAUCGCAGAUGAUGUUAAAUCUGUAUACUCUGGUGCCAAAGUUCUCUUCCACCAGUCGAUGUUAUAAAUUUUGAAUGAGUAUGGUGGUAGAUAACUAGCUUGAGUUGUGAUAUAACAACCUCCUUUGACCAAAGAAAAAUGGUAACAUCAUCAUAAGGCUUAUGGCAUUGAAAAAUGAAUUAAUAACUAUUUUUGGAGUUUUUAUUAUGUUUUCACUUUUCACAUUUGCAUAUAAUUGUUAUACUUUUUUCUUUAACAUUGGUAUACGCUUCUGCACUUAGAUGUUAAACUUGAUCAUGUCAUGAUUUUUGUCUUUGUAUUGAAUCGUUUGUUUCCCUAAAA